UUGGGUGGGAGUCUAUGUUUUGCAUACAAGCUAAACGAGGCAUUAUUCUUAAUACUAAGGCUUUCAAGAAAUAAUUCUCAAUUAUAGAUAUGUUUUACAUUUGUUUGGGAAGUUACCUGUGGUAUUCAUAAAGAAUUCAGUACAACUGGACCCCAUUUUUACAUUGAGCUGCAUAUAACUCGUCUAUCUUUUUAUUACUCCACCAUCUUUGAGGAAACGUAAGCGUAGAUCCUGCAAGAAACAGGGAAGCAACUGCAGUCACCGUGUUGUAUAGGUAGGCUAUUGUGUAAAGAACAGGAGACUCACAUUACGUGUAACUAGCGAAGUUUCUGAAGUUGGGAUAGAUUGUUGCAACUGAUAUGAAUUUAACAUUAUUUUUCAGUUCACGGUAAUGUAGCAACAUAGCUAGCUAUAUUUUACUUGCAGUGUCAUCCAAUUGCUUGUUAGAUGGCUAACAACAUGCUAUCAUGUGGUUGUUAGCUUUGAUAUGUCUCGAAAGGUAACUAGCUAGAGUAGAGCUAUAAAGCCUUACGUAGCAAAUCUGUGGCGGUUUUACGCAAAGUGGAUAAAUUGGUACACGCCGCUUCCAGGUGCUGGCUAGCUGUCUUUCAGCACCAGUCUGGAGUGCUUGGGGUAUGUAGCUAAAAUCCCUCCCUGGUGGCAAGAUAAUCUAUUUUCCAUUCAGCCGACUGGCUAGACUAGUGUGUUCUUUGAAAUCAAUUAGCCGGCUGAACACAGCAAUAAACUAUUAGGAGAAAGAUGUACUCACAGACAGAGCUUGGCAUGUACAUAUCCUUCCCUUAGUACAACCGAGUGAGAAAGAAAUCGUCAAAACUAAAGUAUAAUCCACCUGUUCAAGGUACUGACUAGUUUGAUUGCUGUCAAACCCUAGUAUGGCAUCCGAUGGUCAUCGCUGUGCCUGCUGCACCCAAAAUCUGGCAACUCCCAGUGCUCACCAAACCCUGGAUGAAAUGGACUUUGACAGAGGUAUCUGGUCUGCUGCUCUGAAUGGUGACCUGGAAAGGGUUCGGUCAUUUCUCCGAAAGGGGACCAACCCCAAUGUGAGGGAUCAGGCUGGCUAUACUGCUCUGCACUACGCCAGCCGGGCUGGGCACGAGGCAAUGUGUGAGCUGCUGCUGGAUGGAGGAGCGUGUGCCAGUCCACAGACCCGGGGGAGGGCCACCCCUCUCCACCGCUCUGCCUACUGCGGACACCUGGGCGUGGUCCGACUGCUCCUAGACCAUGGGGCCGAUCCCCUGCUGUGUGACGAUGAUGACUCCUCCCCCUUGCACAAGGCCACAGAGCAGGAGCAUGUGGAGGUGUGUGAACUCUUAGUGAAGCGCUGUCCUGCGCUCAGGACCCUGGCGGAUAAGAGGUUGCGCCGCCCCUACCAGCUGGCCCAGGAGAGCAGCCCUCUGUGGGAGAUGCUCAGACCCCUCGACGAAGCACAGACAUCACAUGCAUCGCUCACCACUUAACAGGACCGCCUCACCCCCACGGGGGGCCACAGAGGACCAUGUAGAGCUCGGCACUGAGUGCGCUGGUGUUGAGCCAUCACGUUCAGAAGGGAAUAGACGGAUUUACUUUGGGCCUCAGAAACAGGCUGCAUUCUUGAGCUGCUCUAUUCUGCACAAUGCAUGUUAGCUGUGAACUGAGAUGGCAGGAGUACUUAAAUGGUUUUAAAGAUAAUGCACACAUUGAGGCUUCUGACAAAAACAUUUUUUUUAAUGAUUAAAUGCUUUUGAAAUAAUAUAGACCACUAUUAAAGGGGCAGUUCACCCAAAGAUUAUAUUCAAGUAUCUUACCAAUUUAGUACUAUCUAUCAUUCUGAUAGUUUUGCUGAGAUGUGACAAAUUUCCUAGAUUGGACUACUUUUUUAAGAUGCAGUUUGCUGUGAUAUAAUGGAUCUCUAUGGACCUUUUUUUUGGCAAUUAAUCUGCAGAAAAUUCACAUUCUAAAUACUUAGCAGCAGUCUCUUUCCAAAUAUAAUCCCAGUUACUCAUGAACAUCAACAGAGCAUUGAAAAAUGCACAUUUCAUUUCAGAGCUACUUCUACUGCAGGAACUUGCCAACUGUGCGCCCACGGUGUAUGGUGUGUGCAAGCAGAACCUGAAGCCCACCGAUAUUCUGGGGCAAAGUGAGAAUUGUCUUGCGGAGUGUUUUAGGUGGCCGUUUGCUGCACUUGGCUUGUGUAUCAAAACAUAAAAGUAUACUGUCAUACGCCGUGUGACUCCCCUGGGAGGGAAAUGCGGCACUUCCGUGAUUUUCUCCCUUGUUUGCCACAUGGAGAGAGAGAGUGCCAAAACCAACACAAUAUAAAUAAAGUGUUCACCCAUCUCCCUCAAAGGUUCCAGGCAAAAAUAAUAAACUAACACAAACUAAAAUAAAAAGGCAAAAUAAAGUAAAACCAAGCUGAGCUGGCCACUUUGCGGUUUACAAUUAAUGCUUCCCAUUCACCCAUUCAUAAAUGCACGCACACACCAAUAGCGACUGGCUCCCAUGCUAGGCACCAACCAGCUCAUCAAGAGCAUUUAGGGAUCAUGUGUCAUAUGUCUUGCUCAGGCCACCUUGACACACUUAGGGUGAGAUCGAACCGGCAACCCUCCGACUGCCAGAUGACAUCCUUACCUCCUGAGCCAAUGUCACCCCUUUUCAGCAGCAGUCUUUCUCCCAAAUGCUCAGUCAACUCAAGGGUUAAUACAAUUUAAUAAACCCACCCACACAAAACUGCUGCUUUGUGAUCUCCUGGUCUCGGCCAUGUGCUGUGGAGACAAGCACACUUUAAGCACCUGGGCUGAUUAGUUAACGCAAUCCAGGUGCGUGUGCCCUCUCCACCUGCAUGCGUGGCCAAGCUGAUCCAGCUUCCGACCGAACUUCACAUACAUGCCAAUAAAGUUGUGCCAAGACAAUAUAGGAAUUCCUUUAGCUUGCAAUGUCGGACUAUGAAGAAUACAUGCUCUCUUUGCCCUGCAAGAGUUCCUGCAGUAGAAUAGCACUAGAUUCAAAUAUACAUGUAUGAGCUAUGUUGAUGGUUGCAUGUAACUGGCAUUAUAUUUAGAAAGAGACAUGUUGAGUUUUUCAAAUUCUCAGCGGAUUCAUAACCAGAAAAAGAGGUGUGUUAUAUCACGGUGAACUGCAUCUAAAAAAGUAAUCAAGAGAGCUUUUCUGAGAGGCAACAAAUCAUCUGGAUGGGAUUUAUAGUACUCUGGGUAAGUGGAAACAUACUUUAAUUUAUUUUGGGUGACUUUCCCCUUUAAGACUGAUCAAGAAAUACUUUAGGAAAGUCUGAACACCAUGUUGCAUUUUUUAUUUUGAAACCCAGCUGCUCAGAACAGUAUAUAGUUUUUACCUGCAGUUGUCCCAUCAUCGUCCAGCAGAGGGCAGUAGUCGCUUACGGAAUCGUAGGCUUCUCAGCUUGCUCCAUACUACAAGAAAACAGAUGCUGCACUCAUUCAGGGCCUGACAGGAACAUCAGGCCAGGGAAACAGCAGGCUUUACAAGCUGAAUAUUACUAUGGAUAACUGGAGUAGCAGACUGAAAACUAUGUUUGUCAGGAUGUGCUUUGGUGAUUGAUAGACCUAGGGGUGUACGUCUGUGGAAAAGAUUUACUGGAAAAUAGAUGAAUGUUCCAAAAAAUCAAUUGGCUUGGAGCUGAACACUACUUCAAGCCUCUGUUUUUGUACAUAUUGCAAAAUAAAAAAACUCUUUCACAUGGCAAGAGAAGAGGUAUGCGU